GGGGGGGGGGCAGCCCUACUUGACCCCCAAAGGUUUUAAAGAGACCAUCCUGUUUAGUCCUGCUAACAAUAAAGCAACAACUUGGUGAAAUCUGGGUUUUUAUUUUAAAUGUUAGUUUUUUUUCUUUUUUUUUACAGUUUUGGUUUCUGCUGUUGUCUUUAUCCUCCAGUAAUCGAUCGAUCAUUAAUUGAUUAGUUUGGAGGGUAAAGCUGACGGCCUCCUCCAUAAAUCAGCUAAAUUAUAACAUUUUUGUUCUUUUGGAAUAAACUUCAGCCAUGAUGCAGGUUUUCCUUUGAGUUCAGAGAAAAACUCAAAACCUUAAGAUUUUCUGACAUGCAAUGAAAAUAAAUGGUUUUUAUUUGGUAUUGUUGGCAUUUUCCAUAUUAUCCCAACAUUUGCUGAUAAGUAGGAAUGUUUUGUAGACUGGCCUUUUCCACAAAGCUGUUAAAACGUGACUUUCCACUGAGCAACAUGCAGCUGAGGCCGUUCGCCUCUUGAUCCGCUUCUGCAGAAUUAGCUGAAUUCUGCAGAUUCUCUACGAAGCGACGAGACGAAUCUGCUGCCCUGCAGGGGGAAUCGGCCAAUCAGGACCGGGCUUUCUGCAGGACCCCCACCCCCAGCAGCGCUUACACCCGGGGCCUCCUGCCGGUUAUUAUUGCUCAGGACUUUGGCUCCUUCCUCCAGCAGCAGGACGCCUCCGCCAUGGCCGUGCUCACCCACCUGCUGGCCGUCCUCUUCGGGAUGGGCUCCUGGGUCUCCAUCAAUGGCCUAUGGGUGGAGCUUCCUGUCAUCGUCCCGCAGGUCCCAGAGGGAUGGUACCUGCCCUCCUACCUGUCCGUCCUCAUCCAGGCGGCCAACGUCGGGCCGCUCGUCGUCACCCUGAUGCACCGCCUCCGGCCCGGCGUCCUCAACGAGGCGGCGGUCAUCUACGUGAUCGUGGCGGUGGGCGCCGUGGCCAGCUUCCUGCUGGCUUUCUUCUGGAAGGAGACGGCGGUGGUGGCCGGCGCCCCCCGCAGCCUGGCUCUGCUGGUUCUGACCUUCUUCCUGGCGGCUGUGGACUGCACUUCCUCCGUCACCUUCCUGCCCUUCAUGAUGCGCCUCCAGCCGCACUUCCUCACCUCCUACUUCAUCGGGGAGGGGCUGAGCGGCCUGCUGCCGGCCCUGGCGGCUCUGGUCCAGGGCGUCGGCUUGGUGCGCUGCGUCAACAGCAGCCAGUCCCUAAACCACAGCAGCUACGGAGCCGGACGCCUGGAGGCUCGGUACCAGCCCUCCAACUUCUCCGCCGAGGUCUUCUUCUUCUUCCUCAGCGCCAUGAUGCUGGUGAGCUUGGCAGCGUUCCUGCUGCUGGACCUCCACCCGGCCGUGGCUCGGCAGCAGCCCGACCCGCGCUACUCCGCCAGGUCCAGGGAGAGCAGCCGGCAGAGGGCCGAGCAGAGGCCCAUGAUGGACCCCUUCAGGCCCCAGAACCACAAACCCAGACGCAGCUUGGGUUCCAGCUCCUGCAGCCAGAAGCAGCUGGUCUUCAUCUUCGUGGUUCUGGGUUGGGUCAACGCCCUGAGCAACACGGUCCUGCCGUCCGUCCAGUCCUACUCCUGCCUGCCCUACGGGAACGGCGCCUAUCACCUGUCAGCCGCGCUGGCCGCCGUGUCCAACCCGCUGGCCGGCUUCGUCGCCAUGUUCGUGUCCAUCAGGUCGCUGGUGUUCCUGGGCUUCCUGACGGUUCUGGGAACCGGGAUCGGGUCGUACAUAAUGCUGAUGGCGGUGCUGAGUCCCUGCCCCCUGCUGGUCAACGACGGUGCUGGCGCCGCCAUCAUGGUGCUCGCCUGGAUCCUCUUCAUCUUCUCUCUGUCCUACGUGAAGGUCAUCAUUGGGGUGAUCCUGCGGGAUGAAGGUCACAGCGCCCUCGUGUGGUGCGGGGCGGUGGUGCAGCUCGGCUCCCUGCUGGGAGCCGUCACCAUGUUCCCUCUGGUCAGCGUCUACGGCCUGUUCUCCUCCGGGGACCCAUGCGGCACCAGCUGCCCCUGAGGGACCCAUGAGGGUUCCCCAAUAAAUCAGGAAGCUUUAAAUGUGGCACUCGGUUUUAGAUGUUUUGCUCUUUAGUUUUAUUAAAUCUGCACAUUUGUCAUAAUUUUGUUUUCAUUUAUUUCAUUUCAUUGUUUGCUUUGACAAUAAAAAUCUCCAGGAAUCUUC